AUGGCCACCACUUCGCAUAUGUUCAUGUACUCUCUGACGAUUCAGCCUCCAACUGCAAUCACUCAGGCCAUCUUGGGUCAAUUUUCGGGCACCAAGGAACAGCAAAUCGUCACUGCCUCCGGCUCGAAGCUGACAAUCCACCGUCCCGACCCGAGCCAGGGAAAGGUCACCCCGAUCUUUUCACAAGAUGUUUUCGGCAUUAUUCGCUCAUUGGCAGCCUUUCGGUUAGCGGGCAGCAAUAAAGAUUACAUUAUCAUCGGCUCCGACUCCGGGCGUAUCACAAUCAUUGAAUAUGUUCCUUCUCAGAACCGGUUUAACCGCAUCCACUUGGAAACAUUUGGAAAGUCGGGCGUUCGGCGGGUUGUCCCGGGUCAAUACCUUGCCGUGGAUCCCAAGGGACGUGCGUGUCUGAUCGCUUCUGUGGAGAAGAACAAGCUGGUCUAUGUUCUGAACCGUAACUCCCAAGCGGAACUUACGAUCUCCUCUCCUCUCGAGGCCCACAAGCCACAAACGCUGGUUUUCGCCAUGAUUUCCUUGGAUGUGGGUUAUGAAAACCCCGUCUUCGCUGCCUUGGAAGUUGAUUACUCUGAAGCCGACCAAGAUCCCACUGGCCUGGCUUAUGAGGAGAUUGAAAAGGUUCUCGUCUACUACGAGCUGGAUCUUGGAUUGAAUCAUGUCGUCCGAAAGUGGUCCGACCCCGUCGAUCGCACAGCGAACAUGCUUUUCCAGGUCCCCGGUGGCGCGGACGGCCCAAGCGGAGUCCUGGUGUGCGCUGAAGAUAGUGUCACCUAUCGUCAUUCCAACCAAGAUGCUUUCCGAGUGCCUAUCCCACGCCGCAGGGGUCCUACUGAAAACCCCGAGCGAAAACGCACCAUCGUCUCUGGAGUUAUGCACAAAAUGAGGGGAGCUUUCUUCUUUCUGCUCCAGACUGAUGACGGAGACAUGUUCAAGUUGAACCUUGAGAUGGUUGAGGAUGAGAAUGGCCAAUUGACCGGGGAGGUGCAAAGAUUGAAGAUCAAAUACUUUGAUACCGUCCCCGUCGCUUCAAACCUGCUCAUUCUCAAAAGCGGUUUCCUUUAUGUGGCCAGCGAGGCUGGUAACCAUCAUUUCUACCAAUUUGAAAAACUUGGCGAUGAUGAUGAGGAAACCGAAUUCUCUAGCGAUGAUUAUUCCGCCGAUCCAUCUGUUCCAUAUGAUCCGAUUUUCUUCCAACCCCGGACAUACGAGAAUCUCAACCUGAUGGAAACCAUCAACUCCCUCAAUCCGUUGAUUGACAGUAAGAUCACCAAUCUUACCGAGGACGAUGCUCCACAAAUCUACUCGGUCGGCGGCACUGGGGCUCGCAGCACUUUCCGAACUCUCAAGCACGGACUAGAGGUUUCUGAAAUCGUUGAAUCCGAACUUCGAACAGUCCCAUCGGCCGUCUGGACUACUAAACUGACGCGUUCCGACGAAUACGAUGCCUACAUUGUUCUCUCCUUUGCCAACGGGACUCUGGUUUUGGGCAUUGGUGAGGUCGUUGAAGAGGUUACAGAUACUGGUUUCCUUUCCACUGCGCCGACUCUGGCUGUGCAGCAACUUGGCGAGGAUUCGCUCAUCCAGGUUCAUCCUCGCGGUAUUCGCCAUCUUCUCGCAGGUGGCCGCGUCAAUGAAUGGCCCGCUCCUCAGCAUCGGUCCAUUGUGGCUGCCGCCACCAACGAGCGCCAAGUCGCAGUCGCCCUCAGCUCCGGCGAGAUCGUCUACUUCGAAAUGGAUACCGACGGUACCCUGGCCGAAUACGAUGAAAGGCGGCAAAUGUCUGGCACUGUCACCUGUCUCAGCCUUGGGCAAGUUCCCGAAGGCAGGAUGCGAAGCUCGUUCCUGGCUGUUGGCUGCGACGACUCUACAGUGCGUAUCCUCAGCCUGGACCCGGAUUCUACAUUAGAAAACAAGUCCGUUCAGGCUUUGACCUCCGCACCAUCCGCUCUGAGUAUCAUGGCCAUGGCCGAUUCAAGCUCGGGAGGUACCACCUUGUAUCUGCACAUCGGUCUUUACUCCGGUGUCUACCUACGAACCGUCCUCGACGAGGUUACUGGAGAGCUAUCCGAUACCCGUACGCGCUUCCUAGGCGCCAAGCCCGUCAAGCUUUCCCAAGUCUCAGUGAAGGGACAAACCGCAGUUCUAGCCCUUAGCUCCCGCCCCUGGCUUGGUUAUUCUGACAUCCAAACCAAGAGCUUCAUGCUCACUCCCUUGGAUUAUGUUGGCCUGGAAUGGGGUUGGAACUUUUCCAGUGAGCAAUGCGUAGAAGGCAUGAUCGGUAUCCAGGGCCGAUCUUCUCGAUCGAAAAACUGGAUAACAACAUGCUCCAAGAAUCUAUUCCCCCUCGCUUACACACCCCGUCGCUUCGUCAAACAUCCCGACCAGCCGCUCUUCUACGUCAUCGAGUCCGACAAUGGUGUCCUUUCACCAGCUACACGACAAAGUCUCAUCCAAGAUUCCGAGAGCCGUAAUGGGGAAGCUGCCAUUCUGCCACCGGAGGAGUUUGGUUACCCUCGCGGAACUGGCCACUGGGCAUCUUGCAUUCAAAUCGUUGAUCCCAUCUCUACCAAGUCCGUCGUCUUCACACUGGACCUUGAAGACAAUGAAGCUGCUGUCAGUGUUGCCGCUGUACCUUUCUCAAGCCAAGACGACGAGACAUUCCUAGUUGUGGGCACUUCGAAGGAUAUGUCUGUCAGCCCACCCUCAUCUGGCGGCGGCUUCAUCCAUAUCUACCGGUUCCAGGAGGAUGGCCGCGAGCUGGAGUUCAUCCAUAAGACCAAGGUGGAAGAGCCCCCUCUUGCUCUGCUUGGAUUCCAAGGUCGUCUUCUAGCGGGCAUUGGCUCCACAUUGCGCCUCUACGAUCUGGGUAUGAAGCAACUUCUCCGAAAGUGCCAGGCACCUGUUGUCCCCAAGACGAUCGUGGGUCUUCAGACACAAGGAAGCCGAAUUGUGGUCAGUGAUGUUCGCGAAAGUGUUACCUUCGUCGUAUACAAGUUCCAGGAGAAUGUUCUCAUUCCCUUCGUGGACGAUUCCAUCGCUCGUUGGACAACCUCCACUGCCAUGGUUGACUAUGAAACUGUCGCAGGCGGUGACAAGUUUGGUAACCUGUGGAUGAUGCGAUGCCCUGGAAAGGUUUCCGAGCAGGCCGACGAAGAUGGCUCUGGCGCCCACCUUGUCCACGAGCGAGGCUACCUCCAGGGUACCCCCAACCGUCUUGAAUUGAUGGUUCACUACUAUACCCAAGAUAUCCCCACCAGCCUGCACAAGACGCAGCUCGUUGCAGGUGGACGUGACAUCGUCGUCUGGACCGGUUUGCAGGGAACCAUCGGCAUGUUCGUCCCAUUUGCCAGCCGUGAGGAUGUGGACUUUUUCCAGAGUUUGGAAAUGCAGCUGGCUGCCCAGCACCCCCCCUGGCGGGACGGGACCAUCUCAUCUAUCGGGGUCAUCGAUGGUGAUUUGUGCGAAAUGUAUUUCCUCCUACCUAACGACACGAAGAUGAUGAUUGCGGCGGAACUCGAUCGUUCCGUCCGCGAGAUCGAGCGAAAGAUCUCGGACAUGCGGACGAGGGUGGCAUAUUAA